UGGAGUAGAAGUUUUUCCAUCAAAAUUAAGUCCCAUUUCAUACCUAAAAAAAUUAAUUUUUUCAUUUUUUCUUAUGUAUUUAGUAUUUAUCCUCAAAUCAGCGCAACCAAACUCCACCAUCUUAAAUAAUUUUCCUUAUUUACUUUUAUAAAAGACAUGCAACCCCGAUAUCUCCUUUCUUCUUUGUGUGUGUGUGUGUGUGUGGCCGUGUGGGGAGAGGAGGGGGGCUUGUAACUCACUAAUGUCUACAUACUAGAGGUAGCUUGAAUUUGGCUAAAGUAGUGGUAAUAAUUGAAUCUCUAAUAGAUAAGUUCUUUACUUGAUGCUAUUAUAAGUGGACAAGCUCUUUGCUAAUUCAUCUCUUCUUUUACUGUAUAAACACUAUACGUAUUACCAAAUUAAAGUAUUAUCAAUCAUAAUAGCAAUGGUCACUCAAAAAAAAAAAAAGGAAAAAAAAAGACAAUAUACGUAUUACCAAAAUAAUUAAAGUGUUAUCAAAAUAAUUAUAGCAUGGACCACUUAUAACAAGUAUAGUAAAAGAUUUCCCAUAUUAGAUUAAUUCUAUUCUUUUCCUCCUUUGCCAGUUUUCCCCUUGAAAAAAAUAAACAUUAUUAGCUCUUUUACUUGUUAUCCACUUCUUUUUCUCGCUUAUAUAUAGUUUCUCUUUUUUUGUCAUUUGAUAUCAUCUAAACUACAAGGUUAAAAAAAAACGAGAGUGAAAAACAAAAGAUUGAGACUAAUGGUGAGGAAAAGAGAGGUAGCAUUGCCUUCUUCGCAACCUAUCGACCACCCGUGCCACUCGACAUUUACUCCACCGUAUAUUCACCUACGCCUAAAGACGAGGCGCUCAUGACCGACGGUAAGUCCUACAACUACAAUGGUCAAGUCAUCCCUCCGUCGGCUCUUAAGACUAUUCUCAAGCGUCCAAAGUUGGCUUCCUACGGCACUGAGGAAGAUGUCGAUUCAGGUCAACUCUCCGGCCUUAUCUUCGUUUCGGAACGAACGAACAGCCUAGAGACGCUUCACAUUGCUCUCUUCUUCCAAGGUAAGUCACCCGAAGUGUUUUGAUUCGCUGACGUUUAUGACACUUUUAAGGGUGUUCGCAUGGAAGAUAGUGGAUGUAUUGCUGGUGACUACCUCGUCUAUGUGUCGACUAUGGAGGCUGCCCCCGAGCCUCAUCAGCCUUGGACUGCUGUCUAUAAAACCAAUCUCAUUACCGGUGAAACUGAACGCCUUACUCUACCAGGAAAAGCCGAUUUGAGUCCCUCGGUGUCACCCGAUGGAAAGAGAAUUGCUGUGGCAUCUUUCCAAAGGAAAGCUGGAUGGGAUGGCGAAGUCGAGGAUCUAAAGACUAGCAUCUUUGUCAUGAACGUAGAGCGACCCUUAAACCGUAAGUUGGUUGUCGUAGAUGGAGGUUGGCCAACUUGGGGAAGUGACAAUGUCCUAUUUUUCCAUCGCAACAUCGAAAAGGUAAAAAUGCGAAAACGUUGGGGGGUGUUUCGAGUAGACCUUCGUCUGAGUCCUACAUCCGUGACUCGCGUGACCCCGGAGGAGAUCAGUGCUAUGACUCCAGCUGCCAUCGACGAAACCAAAGUUGUAGUCGCCACUAUUCGUAAACCAUUCACGUUUGAUGAGGAUGAACGUGAAGAAGACCAGUAUCGGCACAUUGAGAUCUUCGAUUUAACCAAACCAAAAGACGAGUCCGUUAAAAUCACUCAAGUAACAAGACCUAAGGCUGAUCAUUUCAACCCCUUUGUUAUUGAGGAUAACAAUGGUGGGAAGCGUAUUGGUUAUCAUCGUUGCAACAGUGAUAAGGUUAACACGUAUAAUGUGGUUGAGAAAGAUUUCUACAAGCUACAAUCUCCGGAUCCCGAUGUCGGAAUAUUCAGGGUUUCAGGCGUGUUUCCAACAAUUUCAGAAUGUGGUAGAAAGCUUGCUUUUGUUGACAAUGAGUUCAAGGCCGUUUGGGUUGCCGACAGUAGCGGAUUGCAUAUGGUUUACGAGGUAUGA